UUUACCUUGCACCAGGUAAUAUAUUACCCUGUAACAGAGCUUUACCUGGGUGUUAUCUGGAAUAUAGAAGACGACACAUUUACGAUAAGGUGAAGACAGCUGAUAAGCCAUUGAAUAGACGGGGCAUGCUGUCUAUUGUAAGUUCAAUAUUUGAUCCGCUUGGGUUUAUGUCUCCUGUAACUCUUAGAGCAAAAGCUAUCAUACAGAAAUUAUGUAAAGUAAAAAUAGGAUGGGAUGAUGAAAUUCCCGCGAAAUACCGAGAAGAAUGGCAGAAAUGGCUCGAACGUCUACCUGACCUUGAAAAUGUUGCCAUACGACGCUGUUUUCGUUCAAGGGAUUCUGCUAAGAUAAAAAACGUUCAGCUGCAUAUAUUUUGUGAUGGCUCUGAGCUGGGAUACGGAGCAUGCGCGUACCUGCGAAUUGUUGAUGAAAAUGACUAA